AUGUCCGACCCCACUGCUUCGAAUGCUCCCGAGGUCAAGCUGCCCAAGCCUGCCCCGGCCGACGACAAGGAUGAGGUCGCCACCGCCAUCCUUCGUCAGAAGAAAUCACCCAACCGUCUCUUCGUAGAGGAGUCCACCACCGACGACAACUCGGUCGCAUGUUUGAGUCCUGGCAAGAUGGAAGAGCUUGGCCUCUUUCGCGGGGACACGAUUUUGCUCCGUGGCAAGAAGCGUCGUGAUACUGUCCUCAUUUGCUUGACCGACGAGAACACCGAGGACAGCAAGAUCCGCCUCAACAAGGUUGCUCGUAACAACCUCCGCGUCAAGCUCGGCGAUCUCAUCUCGGUUCACGCUUGUCACGACAUCAAGUACGGCAAGCGCAUCCACGUCUUGCCCUUCGAUGACAGCGUCGAGGGUCUUACCGGAAACAUCUUCGACGUCUACCUCAAACCAUAUUUCCUCGAGAGUUACAGGCCUGUGCGUAAGGGCGACACGUUCACCGUCCGAGGAGGCAUGCGCGCCGUCGAGUUCAAGGUCAUCGAGACCGACCCCGCCGAGUUCUGCAUUGUCGCACAAGAUACGGUCAUUCAUACCGAGGGUGAGCCUGUGAAGCGCGAGGACGAGGAGGCCAACCUUGCCGAUGUCGGCUACGACGACAUUGGUGGUUGCCGCAAGCAGAUGGCUCAGAUCCGCGAGAUGGUCGAGCUGCCCCUGCGACACCCACAGCUGUUCAAGUCGAUUGGUAUUAAGCCUCCCCGUGGUGUGCUCAUGUUCGGACCUCCUGGUACCGGUAAGACGCUCAUGGCUCGAGCUGUCGCCAACGAGACCGGCGCCUUCUUCUUCCUCAUCAACGGUCCCGAGAUCAUGUCCAAGAUGGCUGGUGAAUCCGAGUCGAACCUGCGCAAAGCCUUCGAGGAGGCCGAGAAGAACAGCCCUGCCAUUAUCUUCAUCGACGAGAUCGACAGUAUCGCGCCCAAGCGUGACAAGACCAACGGUGAGGUCGAGCGACGUGUCGUGUCGCAGCUUCUCACCCUCAUGGACGGUCUCAAGGCCCGCUCCAACAUUGUCGUCAUGGCUGCCACCAACCGACCCAACUCCAUCGACCCUGCCCUCCGACGAUUCGGCCGAUUCGACCGUGAAGUCGACAUUGGCAUUCCCGACCCUACUGGCCGACUCGAGAUCUUGCGCAUCCACACCAAGAACAUGAAGCUCGCCGAUGACGUUGAUCUCGAGCAGAUCGCUGCCGAGACUCACGGUUACGUCGGUUCCGAUGUGGCUGCUCUCUGCUCCGAGGCUGCCAUGCAGCAGAUCCGAGAGAAGAUGGAUCUCAUCGACCUUGACGAGGACACCAUCGACGCCGAGGUGCUCGACUCGCUUGGUGUUACCAUGGAGAACUUCCGAUUCGCUCUUGGCAUCUCCAACCCUUCGGCCCUCCGCGAGACUGUGGUCGAGGUGCCCACCACCACCUGGAAGGACAUCGGAGGUCUCGACAAGGUCAAGCAGGAGCUGCAGGAGACCGUCUCGUACCCCGUCGAGCACCCCGAAAAGUUCCUCAAGUACGGUAUGGCGCCUUCCAAGGGCGUUCUGUUCUACGGUCCUCCUGGUACCGGUAAGACGUUGCUCGCCAAGGCCAUCGCCAACGAGUGCCAGGCUAACUUCAUCUCGAUCAAGGGUCCCGAGCUGCUCACCAUGUGGUUCGGUGAGUCGGAAGCCAACGUGCGAGACGUCUUCGACAAGGCGCGUGCUGCUGCGCCCUGUGUGAUGUUCUUCGACGAGCUGGACGCUAUCGCCAAGGCGCGAGGUGGUUCAUCCGGCGACGGUGGAGGAGCAGGUGACCGUGUCAUUAACCAGAUCCUGACCGAGAUGGACGGUGUCAGCUCGCGCAAGAACGUCUUCAUUAUCGGUGCUACCAACCGACCUGACCAGAUCGACCCUGCGAUCCUGCGUCCUGGUCGUCUUGACCAGCUCAUCUACAUUCCUCUGCCCGACGAGCCCUCGCGUCUGUCGAUUCUCAAGGCGACGCUCAAGAAGUCGCCUAUUGCCGAGGACGUUGACCUCAACUUCUUGGCCAAGCACACACACGGCUUCUCUGGUGCCGAUCUUGCCGAGAUCUGUCAGCGUGCCGCCAAGCUGGCCAUUCGCGAGUCGAUCGAGGCCGAUAUCAAGCGCGAGCGCGAACGCAUCGCCGCAAAGGAGGCCAACGCCGACGGCGAGGUCAAGAUGGAGGAGGAUGCCGCGGGCGUCGCCGCCGAGGAGGAGGAUGACCCGGUCCCCGAAAUCACGCGUGCCCACUUCGAGGAGGCGAUGCGCUUCGCUCGCAGGUCCGUCUCGGACGGCGACAUUCGCCGCUACGAGCUCUUCGCACAGAACCUCCAGUCAGCACGAUCGUUUGGUUCCUCAUUCCGCUUCCCUGAGGGUCAGAACCCUGGUCAGACUGGUGGUGCAGGCGGCGCUGGUGGCAGCGGUGGCGGUGCGGCGUUCGGCAACGAUGACGCCGGAGACGAUGACCUGUACGCUUGA